CCCUAGCGCCGCGGCCGGCCGCGCGGCGGGCCAUGUCGAAGGUGCGCGUCUCGAAUGGGAGCCCGACCCUGGAGCGGAUGGAGGGCCGGCCGGCGGACGCGCCCAAGCCCUCGGCGUGCCGCAGCCUCUUCGGCCCUGUCGACCACCAGGAGCUGGCCCGCGAGUGGCGGCAGCAGAGCCGCCAGCUGGAGGAGGCCAGCCGGCGGCGGUGGAACUUCGACUUUCGGCGCGGGCAGCCCCUGGAGGGCCGCUUCGAGUGGCAGGCGCUGGGCCGGGCCGCGCUGCCCGACUUCUACAGCCGCCCCCCGCGGCUCGGCGGGGCCGGGGCCGACGGCCGGGAGCGGCGCCUGGAGGUCAACGGCGACUGCCCGCCGCCGCCGCCGCGGGGGCUUCGCUGCGCUCAGGGACCGGCCGCGCCGGAGCCGGACGGGGCCGCGCUCGCCCUGAGCUGCGGCCCGAGGAAGCGACCUGCCGCGGACGAUUCUUCCCCGCAAAGCAAAAGAGCCAACACCAACACAACCGAAGAUAUUUCUGAAGAUCCUUCUGAAGAUCCUUCAGUGGCCAGCUCAGAGGAACAAACGCCGAAGAAGCAAUCUGGUCCGAAGCGGUGUCAGACGUAAAUUGUUGCAGAGAAUUACGAAAAUUCGUUUCCUUGUUAUUUGGAGGAGGCAGAUGAAGCCAAGACGAUCCAGCGCUUGCAUUCAUACGUGCACAUAUACAUGUAUGGAUGGAUGGAUGAAUGAAUGAAUGAAUGAAUAGGUAUCUCUGAUUCUCCAUGGGAUGGGGAACUUGUUACAGCGCUGAAAAGAAACAACUUGCAAUGGAGUAACACUAAACCAGGCAGUCUUAAAAGGCCUGCCUCUUAAAGCAGUGGAUGUAGCAUUCUGCAGUUAGGCUUUUCCUCAUUUGCUUCUUUGUACAACCUGUGUAAAUAGUCUUUAGAUUAUGUAGCACAUAAACCUCCCUCCCCAUUUGGGGGUAGGGGUGUUUGGGGGGGAUUUCAUUCGUUUUGUGAAAGUGGUGGAGAUAAUAAAAGGUGAUGGGUUCAAAAUCUGCUUCCAAACCGUAGGGAGAAGCAGAGGUGUUUAUUAAAGAAAUAUUGCCCUUUUUGUGUGUGGAAGUCCAAGGUGAUAAAAGAAACCAGCAUAUAGCCAUGGUUCUGGCAGGUUGAUGGAACCAGCUGGAGAAAUUUGUGUGUCAAGGACACAAUCCGUGAAACGUUUGUGCUGACCUCACUACAAGAGACGGGGGCUUUGGGGAAGCACCUUAUUUCUGAUGGGGUGCAGGGAGAUCCUGAGAUUGUGGUCCAAAGUUCGGCGUGGGAGCCCUGGGUCCUUUGUGGAGCUGCAAAAGAGCUCUGCCCUGGAACUCUUUUAAGGGGCAUUUUCUCAUUGGGGUUUUUUUUUUUUGCCUCCUAAAAUGUUACUUUUAAAAAGUCCUGCCCAACACACAGCGUAGAGGAGAAAUUAAUAAAUUCUUGAACUCCAAACGCUUUGCUCACUUUUCUGGCAUUCAUUGAGUGGGUGAACGAAAAGGAAACAGUAUUUUUUACAUUUUUAAAAAAAGUUUUGAAAUGUACCUGUGUACAUAACUGUAAAGACACUGAGAAAUUAUAGUAACUUAUUUAUGUUGAAAGAUUUUUUAAUCUAGAAGAUAUUUUCCCAGAAGGCCAAAGUGACGUGUGGUUUUGUGCAUCUGUAAAUGCUCUGUUUGGUCGGGGAUUUUUGUUGUUGUUGUUAGCCUCUGUGGGGAGUUUGUUUUGUUAAUUAAUAUGGCUGUGCUUAAAUGAUUGCAGACUGAGCCAGUUCAAUUUUUUUUGUAAUGUGCAAAAAAUCAGUUGCCAAGUGAUACCAUUUUACAUCAAGCAAUCAAUAAAGAAGACUGCCAUGUAUAAACAGGUAAA